ACGGCUUGGUGGUGGUCACUGCUGUGCUCUUAUUGGUCACUAGGCAGACUGUGUGUAAUGGGGAAAUGAAUGGUAGACACUGCAGCUCCAUCUGUUCACACUCACAUUGUUCAACCCUCCUGCCUUGGGACCAGACUGCAGCACUACCAAACCUAAAAAGGCGUUGAGUUGAGUUUGGACCACUGUACUACAAGGAAGCUUGAUUCACUACACCUCCCUUUGGAUUUUUUCUCAUUUUAUUAAUUCUCUGCUGGAUACAUAGAACCUGGAUUUGUAUGUACAAACAUUUUUGAACAUUUGAAAAAGCUGAGAAAGUCCUUUUGCUAUGCUGGAAUGACCAAAGCUAUUCUGUCCGGAGCAUAUCUCUAGGAGUUCCUUCUGUAUUUGUGUUGCUGUUUUUUUGUCUUCCUUGAAGCCUGUGGCUUCUGUCUCAGGAUUGGUCAAAGAGCAGCCCGUCAGCAUCAGUGACAUUGGGGUCGUCUGGGGUCAGAGGUCCGGUGUUAGAUACUGGAUGUAUGAGUUGGCUUCAUGGGCCUGAAGGACCAUCUGGAGGAUGAAACAGGCCACAUCCUCAACCUGGCGCUGGAUUUGGACUACCUCCACGUGGAAGGCACCGACCGCCAGGCCAGCUUGAGUGCCACAGUCGGCACCCACUCAGGAGCCUUGGAGAGGGACGAGACGGAGGUAGGAGGCACCCAUAGCAGUGUCAGUAGUAGCAGCAGUAGUAGUAGUUGUAGUAACUCCUCUGAAGAGAGUGCUGCGUCGGACAGCGAGGAUGAGCGGGGGGUCCAACAUGGCUCUGGUUCUGAUGCUCAGACCACCCACCCGCACCCCUGUCACCCUGCUGGGCAGGGCCCGGCACAGAGCCCCCAUUCUAGGGACCCAAAACACUCCACCAACCCCUUCACAGAGUAUCGCUCCAAGAUGGAGUUUGCCCUGAAGCUGGGCUACUCUGAGGAGCUGGUUCUGCUGGUUGUGCAGAAGCUAGGGCCUGACGCCCUCAUCAAUGACAUACUGGGAGAACUGGUCAAACUGGGCACCAAGUCAGAGACGGAUCAGGCUGGGGGGUCGGCCACCUCCCACUCGCCCUCCUCCUCCUUAUCCUCCUCCUCACUGGACUCCUGCAGGCUGGACUGCUCCUCCCAGCUGCUGUUGGAUGACAAGGAGAACAUCAGGCCUGUGGUGGUGGAUGGGAGUAAUGUAGCCAUGAGCCAUGGGAAUAAGGAAGUGUUCUCCUGUCACGGCAUCCAGCUGGCUGUUGAUUGGUUCCUGGAGCGCGGUCACCGUGACAUCACUGUGUUUGUGCCCGCCUGGAGAAAGGAACAAUCCAGACCGGACACCCUCAUCACAGACCAGGAGAUAUUGCGGCAUCUGGAGAAAGACAAGAUCCUUGUGUUCACUCCAUCUCGUCGGGUCCAGGGCCGCCGGGUGGUCUGCUAUGACGACCGCUUCAUCGUCAAGCUGGCCUACGAGUCCGACGGCAUAAUCGUCUCUAACGACAACUACCGGGACCUGGCCAAUGAGAAGCCAGAGUGGAAGAAGUUUGUUGACGAGCGGUUGCUCAUGUAUACGUUCGUCAAUGACAAGUUCAUGCCUCCUGAUGAUCCUCUGGGCCGCCAUGGUCCCAGUCUGGAGAACUUCCUGAGGAAGAGACCAGUUAUCCCAGAACACAGGAAGCAGCAAUGCCCCUAUGGGAAGAAGUGCACUUACGGCCACAAGUGUAAGUUCUUCCACCCUGAGAGAGGCAGUCAGCCCCAACGCGCUGUGGCCGAUGAGCUGCGUGCCAAGAACUCCUCUUCAUCCUCUACCUCCUCCUCAAAAAGGGUGGGCGAGGCUCUGAUGGUGAAGAGUCACAGCAUGUCCAGCAGCUCCAGGGUAGACGGGCUCCCAGACCCCCACCAAGCUCCCCCAAAGAGGCAGUCGGACCCCAGCCUUUGCGCCCCCUCCUACAACGACCUCCUAGAAGAGCGUCUAGGCAGGAGGACUAAAGCAGAGGCCCGCAGAGGGAGUAGCAGCAGCAGUAGCAGCAGCUGCAGCAGCAGCCUCCUGGCUUCUGCUCCUGGGGGACCUUCUUUCAGCCACGGCUUCUCUCUUCAGGACUGGGGGAACACUUCCUCCAGAGCUCCAGGGCUGUCGGGGCUUGGUCACUCAAAGUCAUACUCCACCUGUGAAUCCCCGGAGCUAAGCUACCACUCCCUGAUGAGGGCCUACUCCAGCCUAAGCCUGGUAGUGCCGCGGAGCCCCGAUCGGCUGUUCCCGGCUGACCUACGGACGGGCUCACUGGUGUCUGACUGCAGCAGCGAGGGCAGCGUGAGCUCAGACUCCUUCUCCCCUGAUCCCCUGCUGGAUGACAGCCUCAAGUGCCACUAUCCCCAUCACCACCACCAUCACUGCCCUAGCUGCUACCCACAUCACCCUAACCACCCACCCCCUGGUCUGACCCAGCACCCCCAUGGAGGCUCCUACCAUGGCUACCCUCUAGCUCAGAGCAGCCUGGAGGAUCCUCCCUCCUCCCUCCACCACUUCAAGGCCCAGCUCUCCUACCUUCCUCCUCAUUUUCAGCAACCGUCUGUGGGGAGCCACUCUGGCUGUUCUGGGAAGUACCCUCCCCAACCUCUAUCCCAGACCUCAAGCCCCCACUCCCACUCUCACAGCUCUCUUCUGGGGCAUAACCUGGGGGGCUCCAUCUGGCAGGACAACAACAACCUCUACAAGCAAUCCCCUGUCCACCCAAGGAGGAUCUACCCUGGGCCAGGACAGGAGCAGCGACUGGCCAGAUGGGACCCCCACUACCAGCAUCCCCCCCAGGCCUGCUACGAGCCCUUCACUUUCCAGUCCCUGCCUGAGGGCCGCAAACAUCCCUGGCACUCGCCCUGGCCCAGGGGGAUACACUCUCCCCAUCCUCAAUCCCUUUCCUCCUCCCAUCCUCCACCUCUUACCCACACCUCCACGGCCCCCCAGCACCAGGAGCCCCCUGCCCUGGGCAGAUACCAGGACGUGAGGGAGAAUGUGUUUGUCAACCUGUGUAACAUUUUCCCCCCAGAGCUGGUGAGGGUGGUGAUGGUGAGGAACCCCCAUGUGAUGGACGCCCAGCAGCUGGCUGCAGCCAUCCUGGCUGAGAAGUCCCAGGCUGGCUACUGAGUACUGACACUACUGUAGCAGAGGAAAUAAGUGGCGUGCUCAACUCUAUAGUCCCCCCAAAACAUCUACGAUGCAGGGGAAGAUGCUUUGUCUUUUUCCAUCAAAUCUUUUUUCAACCUUAUUGUUUUAUGUCACUGCCCUGCUCGUUCAUUACUGUUGUGUGGUAUGAGAACACCUUCAGCACUUAAGGUCAGGAUGGUUUAUGGUGGGUGGGUGUGAACAUGUGCCAUGGUAUUCCGGAGACUCUUUGAAUGGGAUGUGUUGCUUUAAUUUAUUUAUUUUGUAAUAUAUUUUAAAUUAUUUCUAUAGCUUUUUAUAUUUUUUAAUGGCACUU